GACGCGCGGCGCGCGGCGCGACCCGCGGGCGCGCGAGGGAAGGGCGAAAAGGUCGCACGUCAUGGAUCGCGCGCUGGUGAGCGCGCUGGUGGCGUUCGUGGUGCUGUUCGCGCUCGGCGUGACUUCGGUGCUGGUGCUCGGGCGCGCGCACGAGGCGCGGAUGAGAGCGACGCUGGAGGAGGCAGACGCGCACGACGACGGCGGAGGAGGCGCGCGACGUGGUCAGGCGCGCGGGGGGGGGGCGCGGAGACGACGAGGGAGGGAUGAAGACGCGAACGGCGAGGCGGAUGCGAUGCGCGCGCGCGCCGAGGCGGAGGCGGAGGCCGAAGCGGCGGCGCAGCGCGAGCAGCGAGGGCUGACGUGGAAGGAACAGAAAGAGGAAAAGUAUAGGAGAAAGUGGGCCGAGCGCGAGGCGAAGGAUAGGGCGGAGAUGGAAGCCGCCGCCGCCGCGCGCGCGGAGCGGCGUCGACUGGAGGACAAGCAGCGCGGGACUCGGAGGGGAUUAUUCGGCGGCAAAGAGGCGAGUUCCGCGGACGAGACGUCCGCAAAUGAGUCUGAGGAAGCGCUCGUUGCGUUUGCCGACGAGAUCAAGACGAAAAAAGUGGUCGUUUUGGAGGAACUAGCCGCCAAAUUUGGCUUGCGAACCGCCGACGCCGUGCGGCGCGUGCGAAUGCUCGAAGCCGAGGGGCGAAUCACGGGCAUCAUGGACGACCGCGGGACGUUCAUUUACGUCUCGCGCGAAGAGAUGGAACGCGUGGCGGCUUUCAUCACCGAGAAAGGGCGCGUGCGGAUCGCAGAAUUGACGCGCGAGUCGGCCGAAAUCCUCGGACUCGGCCUAGAAUAG